AUGAAGAAGCUCACCCGCACCCUCUCAUCCCGCCGCAGGAGCAAAUCCCAUCUCCAGCCCCUUUCGGCCAACAGCAACGGUAAGGGUAGCGGCGGCGCCCGGUCGAACCAGGCCCAUGUGCGGAAGUCUCCCCCGACAAGCCCCAUCCCUCCGAACACGCAGAUUCAUUUCCCUCAGUGUCCACAUACCACGCCUCCCACUCCUCGGCCAGCACGGCUGCCGUCCGUGUUGAGGGCCGAAAUCAUCGAAGCCGCUCAAACACCAGAGGCGCCAAUACCCUGUCGAGCCUCGAAUGGUCUAGCGGCAGACAAGGACAGGAAUGCUCCAAUCAGGCAAUUCUUGACUGUCCCGACGCACUGUCUCGACUGCACGUUCUCUCCGGCCCUGCAAAACGAGUCCUGGAUCCGCGAGAGGUGCGCGGCCGUUGUCCGGGAAUUGAAAUUGAGGGUCGUGGAGUUGAAGUCAGGCCUCGCAGCCCUGAGCGCUGCAGACGACAGUCAUGACCCUAGUCCUGUGCCUACCACCCGCGUGGACAGGAGCGAGUCGGACAACGACAGCGCGGAAGACGUGCAGACCAGGCAGAAAGCGGAGAUCACGCACCACGAACAGCGCAUCGAGGAGCUGCUGCGCCGACGGGACGACGAGGUGAGGAAGCUGUGGGACCAGGUCCGCGACCAGUGGGAAGGCUGUAUUCGCGAAGUCGUCAGGGAUGACGGGACAGGCGAGGCUGAGGAACGCUGCGUGUUUGUGAUGCCAUGGGACCAGGAGGAGGAGGUCGUGUCUGAGGGUGUGAAGGAGGGAAACGCAGAUAAGAGAGCACGACAAGAGUGUGUCCCGACGGUGGGAGUGAGAUGGUUGCAGAUCGAGGAGUGA